CGUAAUUGAGAGAAAUGGCGCUGACGAUACUGAAGGCGGUGAACCAGGGCUUCCAGGCUGGCGCGACGCUGCUUGACGCCCACAUCGAUGCCGAGUCGCUGCUGCACGCCCUGCACGCCUCGCCGGUGCCCUCUGACGCCGGCAUGAAGGCCCUCAACCGACUGAGGGACAUCGCGAGGGACAACCCUGACGCUGUGGCCAUGCAGACCAACGCCAUUCAACUGCUGUGCGGUCCGUGAGAUGAGAGAGAUGCAUUCACUCACACGUCUGUUGCCGCUCAUCGUGGUGUUGCUCAUUCAUUCAGGGGCACUGCUGACGCUGCAGGCGACCUCAGACCCAGGUGCACAUGUGCGUGUGGGUGUCAAGCGAGAGCGAUCUCUGUCAAAGUGUCUGUGUGUGUGUUGGCGUGCUGUAGAUGCGGCAGCGGGCCUGCAGGAUGUCUUGGAGACUCUGAACUUCAUCGUCGGCAGCAAAGCCGAAGGAGAGAGGGCAGAUCGUCAGCAGCAGGGUCAUGACGAGGGUCAGCAGCAGCAUGUGACCGCCGAUCAGCGGCGGCAUCUGUCGACCAUUAUGGACCAGACGCAGGACGGCAAGGUGCUAUUCGGCCUGCUGCAGGCACAGAAAGACGUACGUGUGCGGGCAAGAAUGGUGGCUGGCGUGAGAGCGGCCGUGUGCACGUGUGUGUGUGCGUGUGUGUGUGUGUGUGUGUGUGUGUGCAGGUGUACGUGGCUUAUGACACGAUGGUGCUCUUGCAACACCUCUACCGCCAUUUCAGCUCCAAAGUCGCCCAGGUGGCUAUGCGUGGAUGGACAAGCCCUGCACCCACGGAUGUGCUCGUGUGUGUGUGUGUGUGUGUGUGUGUGGGGUUGCAGACCAUACUGAGCGACCCCAUGGGUCUGUCGUCGCUGAUGCAGAUCCUCCAAGACGCCAAGACUGACUUUGUUCGCAACGAGGCGCUCCAGCUGCUAUACCUUCUCACGGGUACGCACACUCACAGCACGGCCUCUCUUUGUGUGUGUGUUGAAAUGUGCCGCAUUUCUCUCUGUGCGUGUGUGCAGAGACCAAUACGGAGAUUCAGAAGAUCGUCACUUUCCAGGUGCGCGCGAUAAAUGCGUGUGUGCGUGAGUGCCCGCCGACAUGAGUCUGUGUGAGAUACACACAGGGCUGCAUCGAGUCACUGUUUGCUGUCAUCUCCGAGGAGGACAUCUCCAGGCACUUCACAUCAGUCACCAGAACCGCACUCAGGUACACACACACACACCAAGCACCCAGUAACACACACACACAGGUACACACAAUGGAUUCAUUCACACAAACUCACACACAAUCAGGUGUCUGCUCAACUUUCUGAGCAACCCCUACUGCGUCAAGUAUGUCCGCGAGACGGGCGGCAUCCGGGCUAUGUGCGACCUCAUGGCCAAGGCACUCGAGCCAACCAAGACGGCAGAGGUACGUCUGUCCACACACACACACACAUUUCACACACGGCGGAUAGCAUAGUUGUCUGUUUGCAUCUGUGUAUAUGUCUGUGUGUGUCGCAGGACAGCAGCCCGACAGCGGCGAGCAGCCGAUCAGUUGAGGGCGAUGACCACAAGUGCGCCCAGGCGGUCGAGUACCUAAUCAGAGGCACCAUCCUACUGCUGCAAGUAUCUUCUCAUACACACACACACACGUCCAUCCGCCCGUUAAUCUGUCUGUGUGUAUGUGUUUCUGUGCAGGGGGGAGGAGAGGCCCCAGAGGCCGGCAAGAGUGUGGAGCACAACCAGAACGCCUUCGUCAGCAGCGGCUUCCUGGACCUCGCAUGCCGCCAUGUCAACGACACAAGGCUCCCCCUCGACCUGCGGCAUCAGGCACAAAAACAGACUCACACACACACACACACACACGUCUGUGUGUCUGGAUGUGUGUGUGUGUGUGGAUUAGGUGUGUGAGGCCAUCCUGCGUGUGGCGUGCGGUAACGCGCAGGCGUCCAAAGCGCUGCAGUCGUUCACCAAAUGCGACGACAGACACACAGGUACCCUUCCCCUCUCCCCUCACUCCACCUCAAUCCCACCCCUCUCACGCCACACAGAUCUCCUCUCUUUUGUUGAUGUGGUGCAGAGUGGGCGAGCAGACACAGAGUGGGCCAUAGCAGCGCCAACAGGGAUGGUCAGACAGAUGUGAGCGUGCCGCCGCCGCUCUUUUUCCUGGUUGACGAGCUGCUGGCCGACAGCACCGACCUCCCAAUGAGAGCGGCAAUAGCCACCACAAUACAACUGGUCAGCCACACACACACACACUCUCAUGGUGUUCACAAGUUCCUGUGUGUGUGUGUGUGUGUGUGUGUGUGUCAGCUGGUGGCUGGCGACACGAACCUGCAGUCGUUUCUGCUGUCGACUCUCGCACCCCAGCUGCAGCCCGACCCCUCAUGCAUCGCUUUCAACACAAUGCCACCGGUGAGUCGCUUUCAAAAGACAGACAAACACACACGAAUGUGUGUGUGUGUGUGUGUGUGUGUGUGUGUGCAGGGGCGCGCGAUUGUGCAGUCCAUCGACGACGUCAUGAGGGCGCGCCAGCACGACGGCAAAACUGCCACCGACGAGGAGGAAGAAAAAAGAGAAAGUGAGCACACCAAAGACACUCACUCGUGCGCACAACACAAACAUAUUUCUGUGUGUCUGUCUGUCUGUCUGUCUGUCGGGGUGUGCAGGUGAGCUGGCUGAGGGCCUGAUGGUGCAGAAGCUUUGGUACGGGCUAGAGGUGGUGCUGGCGAUGCUCGGCACCAGCCAAGAGGUCCAAUCGGUCGCCGUACAGGUACACCCACCCACCCACCCUCACAGACCGUCUCCCACACACCGACAUCUGCGCGUGGACAUGUGCAGAUGCCCGUGGAGAUCCCGAGUGACGCCGGCCCAGCGGAGACCCUCUCAGGCAAACUCCUGCGGCUCUUCGGACUCCUCGCCAAGGAGACUCUCGCCAUUGGCAAGACCACUACCACCACCACCAGCAGCAGCACCACACAGCAGCUGGACGGACGCCUCACACGCCCACACAAAGAGGUACAUGCACACCUGCAUAUACCCCGAAGUGGAUGGAUGGCUGUGUGUGUGUGUGUGUGUGUAGGGUUUGCGGCCUGAGUGGGUGGGCGUGAGUCUGUUGGGUCUGCUGAAGGUGUUCAUCCAGUGGGUGGAGCACUGCGUCACCGCCAUGGCACCGCUCAUCGCCUCGCCAGUCUACAUGCCCAUGCUGCUCGGUGCCCACCUGCACCUCUCCCCACCGACCCAGGCACACACUGUGCACCAGUCCCUGUGUAUGACUAAAUGCAGAUCUGGUGCAGUUCUCUGUCAGCAAGUCGGUCGCAUCGCCGGGCAGCGUCAUUGACGAGGCCGCCACACACCUGCAGGUGUGCUGCACACAGACAGCCACACACGUGUGUGUGUGUACGCAUCUGUCUGUCUGUCUGUCUGUGUCGGUGGUGUGUGGUUCAGGGCCUGGCUGCACUGCUUUUAGGCAUGUGUGUGGAGAACCUUGAUGCCCAGAAGGCAUCAUCGUCACCGCCGUCACCUGGAGGAGCAGCAUCCAGCAGCGGUGGUGGUGGCCAAGGUGAGCACAACCACCACUACCACUGACAUCCAUCCAUCCAUCCAUCCGUCGAUCCAUCCAUGUGUGUGUGUGUGUGUGUGUAGAUGAGGCCAUCAGCAGCGGGACAGCCAUGAACGCGGCGGCGUUGCUGUCGGUGCUGGCGACUCGUGUGGGGCUCGACGAGUUCAACCAGAAGAUCGAGCGGCUGCAGCGCACCGAGGUGGGGCGGGUUGGGUAUUUCACAUCCACUUGAAUGCACGUGUGUGUGUGUGUGUGUGAAGGCGUUUGCCCGUUGCUCCAAGCUGCUGUUUCCCCCUCACGCAAAGGGCAAAGUGCCCAACACCUUCAUCGUCUACUCGCCAGGUACACAUAAAUGUGUGUAUGUGAUGGCCAUUCCCAGCAUGUGUGUGUGUGUGUGUACGUGUGCGUCGUUUCCUGUGUCGUCUUGUGCUGUGUGGUGUGUGGAUGGAUGUCCGUAGGGUUUGCCCGUCUGGUCAAGGCGCACUACGAGACGCUGCAGCGCAAGAUGGUGCAGCUGUACCUCUCCAGCCAGGCCAAUCAGGUCGGCCCAUCAUUCGUGUGGAUUAGUGGCACUUCUCUCUCUCUCUCUCUCCGGUAGAUUACGUCUGCAGCAGUGGGUGGCGGCGGCAGCAUUGUGUCCACAGACGUUGCCGAGCACUACAAGGACCUCAUCAAAAUGCAGGUUCGUGCCCCAUACAGACACACACACACACACACACAUCCAUCCAUCCAUCAAUCCAUCUGUGUGUGUGUGUCAGGACAAUGAGUUGCGUGCGCUCAAGGCCGACAACGAGAAGCUGCGCCAGGAGGUGGCCGAGUACGCCAAGCGGAGCAUCGCUGCCGACAGCGCACUGCUCGUCGUCAAGCUCGACGCACUCACUGAAGAGUGCAAGCGGCUCAGACAAGAGGUAAGGCCCGUCAACCACACGCCAGACAGACAUGUUGUGUGAGUGUGCCGACAGGUGGACACAUUGACAGUCGAGAGCAGCCGCAAGGAGGCAGCCUUGUCGACGGAGCGGCAGAGCAACCGUGUCAAGAUCACCGAGAUGGAGAAGCAGCUGGAGGCGCUCGUCGUGGCCUAUGAUGCUCUCGAGGCCUCCAUCGCCGUAAGCACACACACACAGUGACUGCACACACACACCUGACCACCACAUCUGUGUGUGUGCGUGUGCGUGUGUGUCAGACCAAAGAUGAUGAGCUGACUAACCUGCGGGCAACGGUGGAGGCUCGGCAAGACGCCACACAGGUGGCACAGAGCGAGGCCUACGCCAAGGCCCUCAAGGACCUCAUGCACACGAAGCGGCAGCUGGAAGAUCUCCGCAGAGACCACGACGUGAGCCAACUGCCUGCACCAGAAUGCCAUGACAUCAACCGACGUGACGUCUGGUGUGAUGGAUGCAUGUGUGUGUCAGGUGUUGCUGGAGGUGCUGGUUCUGAUUGCGGAGGAGCAGCCGUCCACCCAGCAGUUUCUCUGCCCCCUGACCCAGACACCAUCUCAACAAACAUUGGAGCAGCAGCAGGAGCCCCCCCUCUCGCCGCUGCCGUCGUCUCCCUCUCUGACCACCGCCAUAAAGGCCAGCCACGUCGUCCCCGAGAAGCCUCACACACAGAGGGAGUCUCCGCCCAACGUCAGGAAGACCCUCCUGCACGACCGACGAGCCGACCAAGACACAAUGACCUCGCCCACACACAGAGCACGGUAUGCACAAACAUGGGUCAAUGGCUGUCUCUGUAAGGCUGUCUGUGAUGCGUGCAGGCUGCCAUCGUACCCCGAGACGCCAUACCCCUCGCCAAUGGCGCCUUACGAGCGGCCGUCGCCCGUCAGCGAUGAGGCCAUGUCGCCGAUGCCCGUCCUGUCAUCGCCUGCAAUGGCCGCAGAGCGACGCACAGACGCCAAUGAAGUCACACCCAAAAAACGUAUGUGUCGGCGGGACACAGACAUUCGUGUGUGUUCGCCCAUUCGUCUGUGUGUAUGUGUGUCUGGCAGAGCCGGCACGUAUUCCGUCAGAAUCGCCGCUGGGCAAGAGAGUGCCAUUCCCAGUGCAUCCGCCGCUUACUGCUGUUCCGGUGCCCACACAACCACCGCCAGACAGCUUGGUGGCACCGACUCUGUCAGCAUCGUUACAGCGGCCAAGCCAAGAACCGGCCAAAUACGUACGUGUGACAGCUCCCUUACCACUGCAAAUGUGUCUGUGUGUUGUGUGUUUGUGUGUUUGUAUGUGCUCAGAGUCCGACUUUCGGCCAGGCCAGCAAUUCGCCUGAGGGUCGAGUGGCUGCCCGCGUCUCGAAUGAAGACGAGGUGCUGCUCUUCUCGGCCUCGCAAGACCGCACCCCACCCAAGACACCCCCAACAAACGAGAGCAACAACGUGCCGAGCACCAUCGUCAGACAUCCUUUUACACAGCAGCAGCAGCAGCAGCAGCGUUGUGUGCCGACCACUUCGACCGAUGCAGGCAACGUUGGCGUGGCGGGUUCGUUGAGAUCUGCUGGGAGUGCGAGUGCGCGUACAGCUAAUGUCCAUCUGGGAGCCCCCGCCGCCAGCGGUGGUGUCCCUUCAUCGGCAUACGAGCGGUCGACAACAAGUGGACCUCAGCCAGCUUAUCGGCCGUACCCAUACGCUGCUCAAUCGCCGCCGUCACAACCACCCGUGCAACAACAGCAGCACCAGCAGCACCAGCACCAGCAGCCCGCCCCAUGGUUUGGUGCUGCAAUCUCGUCCAACCCACAACAGAGCUCCUCAGCCUCUCCACCACCGCCUUCAUCUUUUUGGUCCUACGGCACCGCUCAGCAGCAGACCACCCAUCCCACCCCCUCAGGGCUGCCUUCGUUUUUCGGCUCGUCAACAAGCCAGCAGACAGCCGCAAGCGGCAGCAGCUCAUCGUUUGUUCCAUCAUUCUUCAGUCAGCCUGCGGGUGCUGGUGGGGGGCAGGGGGGUGGGGGUGCGAGCGAGGGCGAGCUGCCUUUGCCGGGAAACCAAGCGCAAGCAGCCUCUGCAUGGGCGGGGGCGUGGAAAAGAUGAUGUGGGUGCUUCUUUGCUGAUGUGAACAGCUGAUGUGAGAGUGUCAGCCAUCACCUUUUACCCGUACUGAGUGUGUGGUCAGAAUAUGUUGGUUAUACGAGAAUGGCUAGGUCCGUAGCAUUGUGCUUUGUGGUGAUGAAUUCAUGAUAAAUGGACAUAUACAUAUAUAGUUAAUUGGUCAAUCCGUCAACAUCAAUACGCUCACGACGAAAUGUUAUCGGUCAGACGCACACGUAUUCAUGACGAAUGACUGGAGGGGAAGAGAGAGAGACAUGGGGAAUGAGUUGUGAAGAGAGAGAGUUGUAUGUGCCAAUCGAC